CCACAGACAGUUUCUCCAUCAAUACAUAUAAUGCAUUUGUUAAAAAGUUGUGGAAUGAACUAUCUCCAAAGUUGAUUGCGUUUGUUGUGACAGUCGUAUGUACACUCCUUAUAGCAGUUGAAGGAUUUCUACUACUAAUUUGCUAUAAAGGAAAAGAAAAAGAUCCAUUUCCUCCAAAUGACGUCUGUUUACACACAGACAACAAUGGAAUAACUGUUAGAUGGUCUAAUCCGUCACAUACAACAACAGAUAAAAUAUCGCAGUUCAAAAUAAAAUGGAAUGUUAAUGACUCAGAAGAGGGGUCUACUCAAAAUGUACCAGGUACGGUCAACAAAUGUGUAAUUCCUGAUGUGUUUCCAAGUGCAACAUACAAAAUUACUGUGACGACAUGCAUAGGUGAACACUACGAAAAUGAACGUGGUGGAUUCGCGAGAGAAAGUGCACCAAGCGAGGAAAGUAAAAUUACAACUAAAGAUCCAGAACCACCACGAGAUUUAAAAGCUACAGCAGGAAUAAGUGGCAUUAACCUUACGUGGAUUCCGCCGCAGUAUCCAUCUUUUGCAAAGAUUAACAAGUAUAAGAUUCAAAGAAUAAGCAAUGCUCAGAAGGAUAUCAUAUAUUCCUCGGUAGACAAGACUUCUUACUUAAUGCACGAUGUUUUGCCAUCUCAGACGUAUUUGUUUACCAUUAAAACGUGUUGUGGCACGUUUGAAAAUGAAUGUGAAAGUAAAAGUAACGCCCCUGUCAAAUGUACUGCUAUAGAACCACUUCCGCCAAACAACUUGAAAGCAUCAAUUAGCCUCGAAGGCAUCUACAUUACUUGGUCUGUCCCAGAAUAUCCAACGAUAGAUAAAAUUCGCCACUUUUUAUUAGAAGUCAAUGGGGGUAACACAAGAACUAUCAAUGUAGAGUCAGACAAGACUUUCGUGACUAUUUCUGAUGUCUUUCCAUCCACAUCUUAUACCAUUUGUAUGGCAACAUGUGUGAGAACUCCAAAUGAGAUUCAAACAGAUAAGGAGCAAUCAAGUGGAAUCAAAACUAAGAGUGAAUAUACAGAGAUGGUCAAAUGUAAAACACAAGAACCACUUCCGCCUAAGGAUUUGAAAGCAUUGACCGACUUCAAAGGCAUCCAUAUAUCUUGGUCUGUACCAGAAUAUCCAACGCUUUCUAAGAUUUGCCACUUUAUAUUGGAAGUCAAUGCAGGUAACAAAGAAAUUAUAAACGUAGAGUCAGACAAGACAUCAUUCCUAAUAUCUAAAGUGUUCCCGUCAACAUCUUAUUCCAUUCGCAUGUCAACAAGUGUAAGAACUGGGACUGAGAUUCAAACAGAUGAGAACCAAUCAAGUGGAAUUAAAACUGAGAGUGAAUAUACUGAUGAAAUCCAAUGUAAAACACCAGAACCAUUACCUCCAAUGGAUGUCACAGCUACUCCCAGACCAAAUGGAGUAAUUGUCUCUUGGACUUGUCCUGACUAUCCUGCAAUUGACAAAAUUCAAUGUUAUAAAUUGGAAAUGACCAAUCUUAACGAUGAAAAGCAAACUAGGGAUAUCAAACCUAAUAAAAAUGGCGAUGGGAGUAUUUUGAUGUCAGGUGUAUCUUCUCAAACUGAAUAUUCGUUUACCAUUGCAACAGCCUCCAAUGGUCCAACAAGUCUUGACGGAAUAUGCCAAUUACCAUGUGUUACUGAAAGUAUUCCCAGCAAAGUCGUUAAAUGUGUAACAAAAGUUAUAUGUGAAGAGACAAAAGUAAAGGAAGAGAAAAAGAAUUUUCUUCAUUUAGAAAAACUUAUCCACAUGGCAAACACAGCUAUAAUUCAGAAAAUUGAAGAGAAAAUAUCAGAUACAAAUCUGGAAAUUACUCAUUUGGAUACUGCAGCACACUUUUUAAAUUCAUUGUCUAUAGAUCAAAAGGAGUCCAUCUACUGCACGAGAGAUAAUUACGUAACCACAUCGUCUAUGGAUUAUGAUCUUGUUCUACUACUACGUUUUUGGUUAAGUUCAAAAGAACAAGAGGUUCCAACCAUGCAGUUUGACAAGAUGCCGUCUAUAGAUGAUAAAAGUACACAAGCCGAUUUAUCUAGAAUCUUUUUGACUAGGAAACGUUAUCAAAAUUAUCCACUGAAAUCGAUUUCAGCAAAAGAAUUUGAAGAAGAAUUAAAAUGUGUUUAUAUGGCUGUUCUCAGGCUUUGUGGUAACAAGUUCAACGAAAAAUACAAUAGAGUUCUUCGUCAACUUUCCAGUCAAGUAUCUCGACAGAAGUCAAUAGCGAACGAUGAAAAAAACGGGAACCAGGAUAUUUUAGAAGCGAUUCUUCAAGAUGAAGAUAAAAAUAGUAAUGAACCGUACAGGUGUUCCUGCCAAGAUAUACACAAACUAGAAGUCAGGACCUGGAAAAAGAGUACAGACAAUUUCAAAAUCAAAGGUGUCAUUGGUGGCCUGCAAAAACAGCUUGAAGACUCAUCAUGUGUGGCACUAGUAGGAACAGAAAACGAGGAAGUAAACGCUUUUUUACAUCAUAUUGCAUUAGCGUUUGUAGAGCUAAAUGACUUCUAUUUUAUAACUCCUUGUAAAUCCCCUGUUGAAGUUGUACAACACUAUAAGUUUGAUAGGUAUCAAUUGUUUGUUUUAGAAGAUGCUUGUGGUCGGCCAUUUCCUGUACAAGACUCGGUUCAGUAUUUUAUUGAACAUGACAGUAGUUUCAAACAAAUGUUACAAGCCGGCAAGACGAAAAUCAUGAUUUCUUUCACCGCAGGUGUCUAUUGGAAAACGAUUUUUUCGAAAGCUGAUUCGUUCUUCAGUAAAUAUAUAAAGGACUUAGCACCCGAAUAUUCAGGUCAAUUUGCACCGCAACAAUCCGUCAGAACUGUCGAAUUUGAAAUUACUUGGAGAGAACAAUUGGACGAAUGGUUUUUGAAUGAUAAGUCAAAACAUUGUGCAUUGUUUUUAACUACAAUACAUAAUGGUUGUAUGAGCAGUUUAUGUUUUAAACAACAUGAAAUUCAGCCGGAAACAGAUCUAAUUCGACCAAUUCUAGAGAAAUAUUCACUUGACUGUGGUCAAGUAAGAGCUAGCUUAUUGGAUCAUUUCGGAAAUUAUGUUUUAAAAGAUGGGGAACAGUACAGAAUUUCGAAUUCAAUGAUGUUUCAUUUUCUCUGUUGUUACUUUUGUGCACAUAAGGAUUUGCAGGAGUUGUUCUUGCAGUUGGUUGAUGGAAAGGUUUUUUAUGGAAAAUUGGUGUUGGAAUGUACACAAGAAAAAUUUGGGGAAGACUUCGUUUCUGUAAAUAACACGCAGGAGGAACGUUAUUUUAGUCGAAUACUUGAUGAUGUGUCUCGAAAAGAUUACAGUGUAUUUUAUUCCAGACAAAUGCAAGUUCCUGCAUUUAGACAAAAACUAAUUGCUCAGGUUACCAAAAUGGGUGGGAAUUGGAUAAUUGGUAUGAUAAAUACAAAAGAGCUACAAGAAAUCGCUAUCACUGGACAAUUUCAGAGAUCCCCAUUAUUGAUGGCCUGUAGCCAAGGCUAUGAAGAGCUUGUCUCUUUUAUGUUGCACCAUGUAGAUAAAAAUAUCAAAGAUAAAACCGUGUCUGCUCUGUUUAGGAUAACAGUUGAUCAAGGAUACCCAUUAUCAGUAGUAAGAUUGCUGAAAAGAAGUGAUGUCAAUCUGAAUAUUGUUUGGGAUGAUUCAUGGACCGCUUUAAAUGCUGCUUGUCAACGAGGAAAUCAAGAUAUAGCAAACUUUUUGAUUGAUGAAGGGUCAACUUUCGAUAAAGUUGAUGCAUUAGGAACUACUCCUUUAAUGUUAGCAUGUUACACGGGAUUAUAUGAAACAGUGCAAUUGAUGAUUAAAAAAGGGGUAGACAUCAACGUGUUAAACAACCGGAAAAUGUCCGCUCUUAAAUAUGCAUGUAUAAGUGGGCAUACAAAUAUCGUUUCAUUGCUUCUAGACAAUGAUGCUGACUCUAGAACCGUAUGCCAAGAUGGCAAAACACCACUUGUAAUAGCGUUUGAGGAAAAGCAUGACCAUAUUAUCACAUUACUAAAAAACAAAGGUUCCGAUGUCGAAAAUACAGAUAAAUUCGGGAAGACAUCUUUAGCCAUGGCGUGUACUAAUGGGGACAAUGAUACAGUGAAAAGUCUAAUCAAAUUAGGAGCGAAUAUUAAUUUCCGUGACAAUGAAGGAUGGGUGCCGCUUAGUCGAGCGUGUAAGAGAGGAGCAGAAAGCAUUGUUAAAGUUCUUUUAAUCGAAAAAAUCUUAGACCUUAACAUUGCAGACAAUGACGGGUGGACACCUCUGAAAAAAGCAUCUUUGAAUGGGCACAGUAAAGUUGUUGAGAUCUUGUUGAAUACACAUAGACUUGAAAUUGAUAAAGCUGACAAUGGUGGAUGGACUCCACUUAUGUCAAGUUGCCAAAAGGGACAUGUAAAGGUUGCAAAACUCCUUAUAUGUGGAAAUGCAGAUGUAAAUUAUAGGAGUAAUGACGGAAUAACACCACUCAUGACUGCAGUUAAGAACGAGCAUGUUGCAGUCAUUAAUUUACUUCUUGAAAAUAAUGCAAACGUUGAUCUCGAUGAUAAUGAUGGAUGGACACCACUUAGAGUUGCGUGUAACGAUAAAAAAUAUAAAGCUGCUGAACUUCUUCUUCAGAAACGUCCUGAUGUCGAUAAACCUGAUAAAAAAGGUUACACACCCCUUAAAAUAGCAUGCGAGAACGGACAUUAUAAGAUUUCCUCACUUCUCAUCAAUGCAGGAGCAAACGUAAACUGGAAAGACACGGACGGAUGGACGCCUCUCAUAACUGCAUGUAAGGAAGGCAAUUUAAAGAUAUGUAAAUUACUUAUGUCACAUGAAGCAGAUAUUAACAUACCAGAUUUAAAUGGUUGGACACCACUUAAAACUGCGGCAGCGAACGGACACACGGAAAUCGUCGAAUGCCUUUUGAAGAAAGGAGUCAUUUUAGACAAUCAUGAUAACGACGGUUGGACGGAACUCAUGUCAGCAUGUCAGUUUGGUUACGAAAAAAUUGCAAAACUCCUUGUAGAAAACGGCUCAUGUGUAAACCACCAGAGUGUGACGAAAUUAACCCCAUUGAUUGCAGCCUGUCAAAAUAACAAGAGAAAAGUAAUGACGUUUCUUAUCAAGAAUGAAGCAAAUGUCAACGUUUGUGAUGUUAACGGAUGGACGCCGUUACAUUUCACAUGUAUUAGAGAACACAUAAAAGCCUCAUAAAUUCUGAUUUGAAAAGGAGCUAAUGUUAAUAAAGCUGACAAAAAAGGGUGCACUCCCCUGAAAAUUGCAUGUACAAAUAAAAAUCCCAAACUUGCUGAGAUCCUAAUAAAUGCCAAAGCUGAUGUUAAUUUAUUAGAUAAUGAUGGUUGGAGUCCUCUGAAAACAGCAUGCAGGGUAGGCGAUAAAGACACGGUAGAAUUGCUUUUGAAUAACAAUGCUGACAUAAACAAAGAAGACAAAGAAGGAUGGACGCCACUGAAAAGUGCUUCUGUCAAUGGCCAUUAUCAAAUUGUCAAAAAACUACUAAAGAAAAAAGCAGAGAUUAACGAAGUUGAUCAUG